UGUGUGGGAUUAAAACUCAAUAUGCAUUCAGAAGAGAAUUGUAUGGGGUUAAAUUCCAGAUCUAAAACCCACCGCAACAAAUCCGGGAGAGGCUCAAAUCCCCCUUCCCAUUUUCACUCCCAAGCACCGGAUUCGAGUGGGACCAGGAGAUCAUAUCCGGGCGGCUCCAAAUCUGGCCUCCAACUCCGCCACUCCGGCAUCCAAACGGGCCGCAAAUGUUAUAAAGUCGUCGUCGUCGACAUGGCCUCCACCGCAGCUUCCAUUUCCAAAGCCCUAGCCAACAACCUCAGCCGCCGUGGAUGCGUAUCUGCCGCCGCCGCUGCUUCAUUUCAGGCGAAGUGUGUCCCACCCCUACCUCCAUCCUUUUCCAGCUCCGCCGCCGCCAUCUCCGAGCCUGCUUCUUCGACAUCUGCAUCCUCUUCUCAACCUCAAGAUAAACAGAAAGGAUCGAGAUGGUCGAAAUUACUACUAUUUGUCCCUGGUGGUAUCACUUUUGGACUUGGAACUUGGCAAAUCUUCAGACGGCAAGACAAGAUUGAAAUGCUUGAAUAUAGGCAAAAAAGAAUGGAUUUGGGACCAAUUAGUGGCAACAUCUUAGCUCCUUCAAGUGACAACUUGGAUGCUCUGGAGUUUAGGAGGGUGUUAUGUAAAGGAUUGUUUGCUGAGAAGAAGUCAAUUUAUGUGGGCCCACGCUCCAGGAGCAUUUCAGGUGUAACAGAGAAUGGCUACUACGUCAUUACUCCUCUCAUGCCAAUCCCCAGCAAUCCAGAGAGUGUGCAGUUUCCUGUUCUAGUCAAUAGAGGAUGGGUCCCACGCAGUUGGAGAGACAAGUCUGUUGAUGUUUCACAGGAUGAUAAACGACUCUCCAGUACAGCACCCUCCUUUGCGCAAGACAAUGGGAAAUAUUCCUGGUGGAGGUUUUGGUCCAAGAAUCCAAAUAUUGUACAGGAGCAAAUUGCUUCUGUUACACCUGUGGAAGUUGUCGGUGUAAUUCGUGGAAGUGAGAAGCCCAGUAUAUUUGUCCCUGCGAAUGAUCCCAGCUCGGGCCAAUGGUUCUAUGUUGAUGUCCCUGCAAUUGCCCGUGCAUGUGGGCUUCCAGAGAAUACUAUCUACAUCGAAGACAUCAAUGAAAACGUGAAUCCCAGCAGACCUUACCCUAUUCCUAAGGAUGUCAACAUGUUGAUUCGAAGUUCAGUAAUGCCACAGGAUCACCUAAACUAUACAUUGACAUGGUAUUCUCUAUCAGCUGCAGUGACAUUCAUGGCCUUCAAGAGACUUAUGUCGAAAAAGAAUAGAUAGCAAACUUUCAUGGCCAGAGACACAAAAUUGUAACUGAUUUACGUUCCGCUUUGCUCUGAUUGGAACCUUGAAUUUUUGGAGCAAUUUGUAGUGGGGUAAGAACCUAACGGGAACAUAUGGAUGUUUCUCUUUUUCUGGAUGGUGUGAUAGAUUACUUGUUCUCUUUCAAAUCCAAGAGCCAAACACAGGCUUAGAGUAAUAUGAGAGAUUUUGAUUCAUUGACAAGGAGCUGAUAGACCCUUUAAACGGGCAAUUAACCAUUAUCCGAAUGACAGAUACUCGUUCUGUUCUUUGUACCAAUUAUCACUUGGCCAUGGCUUAGUUGAAGCUCUGAAAUGUUUUCCAGGC